AUGGACUUCACUCCAAGACGUAUACUAGACAACGCUCUCGACGCCAUUGCUGCAGAACAUGGCCUCAAGUGUAAUCUCCUGGGCAAAUUGGAAUUUGUUUCUGCGGGCGGUUCUGUCAAGGACAGAAUUGCAAAAGCGAUGGUGCUGGCCGCAGAAAAGGAGGGUAAACUUAUUCCCGGGAAGAGCGUUGUCAUCGAGCCCACGUCUGGGAAUACCGGAAUUGGACUCGCAAUGGCGUGCGCGAUCAAGGUGAACACGUCAUGCUCAGAUAAGGGAUACUCGGUCGUGAUUACCAUGCCUAAGAAAAUGUCGCUUGAGAAAGAGGCACUCCUACGGGCGCUUGGCGCACAAGUUAUCCGCACGCCUGAUGAAGAGCCGUGGGAUUCACCCAGGAGCCAUAUAGGUGUGGCAUGCAAGCUUCAGCGAGAGAUUGAACAUGGUAUCAUAUUGGACCAGUAUCGGAAUAUAAACAACCCACUUGCUCAUGAAUAUACUACCGGACCAGAGAUCAUCGCUUCGGUUGUCUCGACCCCAUCCACGCGUACAAGGCCCUCCUCGAUGAAAGUCGACGUAUUUGUCGCUGGUGCUGGUACAGGCGGCACCGUCACAGGCGUCUCACGCGCACUCAAGAAGACGCAUAACGCAGACUGCAUCGUAGUCGGCAUCGACCCAAUCGGUAGUAUCCUUGCGUUGCCGAACAAUCUGAACAUCGAUGGGGAAGGAAAACCAUACGUUGUGGAAGGCAUAGGCUAUGAUUUUAUUCCUGAUGUUCUUUCUCGGGAUGUGCCGGAUGUGAAUCAUUGGGUGAAGACGUCUGAUGAGGAUGCGUUCAAGGCUGUGCAGGCUCUUAUGAGGAAAGAGGGCUUGCUUGUUGGUGGGAGCAGCGGAAGUGCCCUCAGCGGUGCUCUGGCUUGGUUCGAGACGGAACAAGGGCGGAAAGUCGCUGGGACAGAGGGAUUGAAUGUUGUUGUGCUCCUUCCGGAUGGUAUUCGGAAUUACAUGAGCAAGGAGUGGUUUUUGAAGAAUGCAUUCCAGACGGAACAUUCAGACCUUGCUACGCGGAUUUCGGGCAUUCUGGCUCAAGAGGAGAUAGUGCCUAUUCAGAAAGCUAAUCUCUAG